GGAAACUCUCUGAGCAACUUAUUUGUGUAUUAAUUAAGAAGAAAUAGUGAGUCAACAUGAUUUGCUGUGAAGAAAGUUUGCAGAACAAAAAAAUGAAGACAAAGGACUGCUGAAAGCUGGCUGUGCAUAAAAGUUGGAGAGACGCCGAAUCAAAUUCAUUCAAACUCUCCGGGGAAAAAAACAGAAAGGGAAUCGACAUUGUGGGAUGUAUCAGUAUCAAAAUGGUUCCAUCUUCCACUUCUCUUUCAGAUAAGUACUUUAUAGGAUUAGUGGGUUUCAGUUCAGUGUUUCUUUCAUAGAAUGUAUGAAAAAGGGCUUUCUGUGUAUAUAUAUAUAUUAUAUAUAUAUUUUUCUGGGUCCCAAAGGCUUUCCCAUUAGGCACAACUGUUAAAUCUGUGAAAUUAAGACUUUAUUGGCAACUUUAAUGAGGUUGUAAGGGGGAAGUUUGAGAAGAAGAAGCGUAGGGGAAAGUUAGGUGGAAAGAGGUAGCUUCCUAGUCUGUUUUGGAAGUAUUCAUUCUAUAAUUGGAGGGAGAGGGAGGGAAAAAGGAUGGGUGUGAGUAAUUAAGGAAUACAACUGCCCCCGUCUGCACGGAGCCUUCUGAGUCAAUUCUUCAUAAAUGUGUGCUCUAUUUUCAUCUUCAUUAUUUCUAGAUGGAUGCAUUUAACUUUCUAGACACAGAGUGAGAGAGUUUUGAAUCCUUUAUGGGAGGGAGUUCUUGAAGGCAACUUUGUUUUUCUUUUAUAUUUGGAAAUUUUAAUGUAUCUAUCUAACCAUCCUUGUAAAUUGGUUUGUAUUUAUUUUUAUGAUUGGAAAAUUGCCUUAAAAGUUUCUCUAAGUGGCAUAAAUUCAUAUAUAUUUGGGUCAAACUACGUUUUUAUUAAAAAUAGUUUAAUUCAUUUUGAUGAGUAGGAUUUUCACUUUGUUCGGAGCAGGUCUCUAAAGUACUGGAUGUGUUAAACCAAAUCAACAAAUUAAAGAACAUCCAACAAGUCCAUGAUUAUUUAUGGAAGGAUAUUUACUUAGCACCCGCGCAGUUUAGCAAAAUGCCGAAUGGCGGGAAAAUGGCUCACAAAGUUCCGACCUUCCUUAGAACCAACUAAUAGCCAAUCACAAUUCGCAGACUUCAUUCGCCGGAAUUCUAAGCUGACGAACGGGCAGAAGGAGCCAUUUCUGGUCGCCGUCGUCACUAUUACCCGGCCAAAGCAAAAGAUGAAGCUGUAAACCGCGAAGGAGGUGGAGAAAAGGUUUGGUGCCGAAGAACAAGUACAGCAUCUCAUUUGAGCAUCCUCAAUUUCAGGAAGUCGCCAUGGACAAAUACUUGGUGCCUCCUGAAUCAAUAUCUCAAGUUCCUAAACCGUUGAGGAGGAAUAGGUGGAAAUUGAGCACUGUUGAAUUGAAUGGGAAGUUUGAUCCGAAAUACCGCCGGGACUUGUCCGUGCUUCUUGUGCAAUCUUAUACCGAGGUUGGAGCAUUUCCUCAUUUAUAUCAUAUAAACGGCGUUUCUUGUCCAACGAGUAUGAAUCGAAUUGCCAAUGGAGCUCAGGAUCAUCAGCUGCCGUUUAAGAAACAAGGCAUAUCUGCUGUGGACUUUGACAACAAGGGAAUAUACUUGGUUUCAGCAACGAAAGCAGGUUGUUUAACAGUGCAUGACUUUGAGAGUCUUUAUUUGCAGACUAAUGAAGCAGGGUUGAGUGAAGAUGAGAUCAAACAUUUACUGCACCUUUCCCUAAAUGAACAGCUUGACUUUGUACGUUGGAAUCCUGCCAAUCAAGAUGAGGUGGUCUGUACGUCCAUGAAAAGUAAGGAACUAAAGAUCUUUGACAUUAGUUAUAUUUCUUCUAAACCAGUCGAAGUGUUGAGAGUAAGACAAAGAAUUAAUAAUUCAGGGUCUGAUAAUCAUAAAGGUUUAUCUGACAUAGCAUUUAUUUCAAAUAAUGCAAGGUUACUUGCAUCUGAUACAUGUGGUGUAAUCAGUAUGUGGGACAGAAGAAUUGGAAAACUUCCAUGUCUUGAGCUAACUAGUAAUUCAUGCAGUACCCUUAACAGAAUCCAGCUGAAUGAUGAAAACCAGAUUAUCUUUGGCGCUGGUAAGCAUGGAGCCAUCUAUAUUUGGGAUCUUCGUGGAGGGAGAACAUCUGGUGCUUUUCAAAAUCAUAAAGAGGUAUGCCAUCCUCCUCUAAAAUCAUUGAAGUUAGCCUCAAUUAUAGAGAAAAUUGGGACUUUGAAGGAGCAAGCGAAUAUCAUUCCGAAGGAAAUACACUCUAUUGAUCUCAACCCAGCUUGUCCUUAUCAGUUGGCCUUUCAUCUUGACGACGGAUGGUCAGGCAUUUUAGAUGUUUAUAAUUUUCAGGUCACACAUAUUCAUUGCCCGCCCCCAGCAUGGUUAAAUGAUUCCAACAUGCCCACAGAUCAAUUAUUUUUGAGAAAACCAACAUGGCUGCCUACAGAUUCUAUCUAUUCAGUUGGGUCUCCUUCUGAUGAAGGCAUUCAUCUUCUGGAUUUUCAUCCCGACGUCCGCUCUCCCAGCCAUGUGAACUUUAAUGAUGAGAUAUAUGGUGCUGGAGGCGAAAACAAAAGACGACAGAACAGGUUUGUGAAGUUGUCUGAAGGAGUUACUUCUUGUGCUGCUCACCCCCUCAAUGGCACCAUCAUAGCUGGAACCAAGAAUUCAUCUUUGAUCAUGAUUUCCCAGAAGAACCGAUCAUGUUAGAAGCCAGAGUUCCCAUUUGAAGCCGCUUUUAAGUUCAAUGGAAAAAGUGGUAAAGGCCGUUGCUAUCGACUAAUCAAAAAAUGGCUUGGGAACUCAGGUGGGUUAGUGAUGGUCCGUUGCUUUGCUUUUUAUGCUCUUCCAAACACAUUGUAUAUGAAUAUCAUAUCUAUUAACACCUGAUCAUAACAAGUUUAGUGGUUUAUUUUCUUGUGUUUUUUAACACUUGGUCGUUAAAUCAAUAUGUUGUUUAGAUCA